UUCUGACUUACAUUACUUUCCUUUGACUAUCUUGCCAUAGCCUAUACACAAAAGUCUCAAUCUCCCAAAAACCCACCUAAAACGCACUUCCUUCUUCUCUUGCCGUUCGAAAAAAUCAACAAUGUCAUCUUAAAGCCCUCAAUUUGAAAAAGAGCGGAAAAUUCCGCCAUGAAAGAAGCUCCAACCUAUAGCCUAGGUGAUAGUGGCCAUUCCUGCAUCCUCAUAGAGUGCGAAAACUCCACCUCUUGUCAUUACACUUGUUAUCCUUCCGUCGACAUUUUUCCACCGCCUCCACUGCCUCCACCGCCUUCUUCACAAAACCAUCUUGCUCCUUUUCUGAUCGCGACAAUUUCAAUUCUGGGUAUUUCUUUUCUACUUUAUUCGACUUGUACAAUCAUUUUAAGGCUUGGGUUUACUCGUUGCUGCAGAAAUCGAGACUCUAAUAAUUCUCUGGAAAAUUCUAAUAGUUCUCAAAUUGGUGAUGAUGAUGGGUCUUUCGUGGAUCAUCCGAUUUGGCAUAUUACUACAAUUGGGCUUCAACAGUCGGUAAUUGAUUCUAUAACUGCUUUUAAAUAUAAAAAACUUGAUGGGUAUUUUGUGGGUGGUGAUGAUUCUUCUUGUUCAGUUUGUUUAACGGAAUUUGAAGAUGGUGAUGAUUUGAGAUUGUUGCCUAAAUGUAGUCAUGCUUUUCAUGUUUCUUGUAUUGAUACUUGGUUAAGGUCUCACAAGAAUUGCCCCCUUUGUCGUGCCCCAAUUGUGAACGAGGAUGAGGUUGGAAAUUUAGGUAAUAAUUUGGAGGAAGGAUUGCAAAAUUCGGAUAAUAAUAAUGGAGGGGAGGGUAGUAGUCAUCAAAUUAGGGAAAGGGGGGAUCAUUUAGGGGAAUUGCCUGUUUUAGAGGGUGUGAAGAUAGCAGAAAUUCUGAAGAAGAAUCGUGAGCUUCGUAUAUUCAGUGAUUUGGGUGAGAAUCAUCGAUUUCGAGCAUUGGGGGAAGGUUUAGAGCCGGUUCAAAGGUCUGUUUCGUUCGAUGCUGUUGCAGUUUCAGCAAUUUGUGGUGCAGAACUUGGUUCUAGAGAUGGGAGUUCCUCAAGUGAAGGGUGUUCUAGGGUGGUUUUAAUGGAGAAGAAUGUUGAUUUAGAGAAAGGGGGUAGUAAAAGGGGAUCAAGUUUAUUGAUCAAGAGUUCUUCCAUUGGACGUUCAUUGCAAAAACGUCCAGUUUCUAUGAAAAGAUCAUUGUCUGCAAGUAGCAAGUUCUUUUCUUUUCGAAGAACAAAAAGCCAGGUCUCAAUUCUUCCUUUGUGAAUACAGAUCUUGGAUUGGUUUUCUUGCUAAUAAUAUGACAUUGUUUCAUCAUAGUCUAUUAGUAAAUAGUAAUCUUGCUACACAUUGGUGGAUGGUUCAAUUCACUGCAUACCCAAGGGAAUGCAUUGGUUCCUAUCGGUCGUGUCACAGAUUGCUGCUUCAUUGCAUAAUUGCAUUGAACCAUAUACAUGUAAUGCUAAAAUAAAUGUAGAUGUGAUAAAUUUGUAUGACAAUCCAAUCUGCUUCUAUAUGCAGUUGAGUGGUUCUACAGUUCACUGCACUCAAUAAGGUAUAAGAAUUUUUCAUGGCA